UUGUCAGUGGAUCCAACAUCUUGCUGUCUGUUUUCCAGGGUUUAUACACAUCGUUGGUGUUGGAACGGUGUCUUUUUGACGAAGGUGCAAAACGGAUGUUUUCUACAGCCAGCUAAACAAAGUUUUCACCCACCUACCUACACUACCGUUCAAACGUUUGGGGUCACUUAGAAAUGUUUUUUUUAAGAAAAGCACCAUUUUUUUUGUCCAUUAAAAUAACAUAAAAUGGAUCAAUGUAGACAUUGUUAAUGUUGUGAAUGACUAUGACUAUGACUCCUGUGUUCCAAUGGCACGUUGUGCUAGCUAAUCCAAGUUUAUCAUUUUAAAAGGCUAAUUUAUCAUUAAAAAACCCUUUUGCAAUUAUGUUAGCACAACUGAAAACUGUUGUGGUGAUUUUAAAGAAGCAAUAAAACUGGCCUUCUUUAGACUAGUUGAGUAUCUGGAGCAUCAGCAUUUGUGGGUUUGAUUACAGGCCCAAAAUGGCCAGAAACAAAGAACUUUCUUCUGAAACUCGUCAGUCUAUUCUUGUUCUGAGAAAUGAAGGCUAUUCCAUGCGAGAAAUUGCCAAGAAACUGAAGAUCUCGUACAACGCUGUGUACUACUCUGUUCACAGAACAGCGCAAACUGGCUCAAACCAGAACAGAAACAGGAGUGGGAGGCCCCGGUGCACAACUGAGCAAGAGGACAAGUACAUUAGAGUGUCUAGUUUGAGAAACAGACGGCUCACAGGUCCUCAACUGGCAGCUUCAUUAAAUAGUACCCUUAAAACACCCGUCUCAACAUCAACAGUGAAGAGGCGACUCCGGGAUGCUGGCCUUCUAGGCAGAGUUGUAAAGAAAAAGACAUGUCUCAGACUGGCCAAUAAAAAGAAAAGAUUAAGAUGGGCAAAAGAGCACAGACACUGGACAGAGGAAGAUUGGAAAAAAGUCUUAUGGACAGACGAAUCUAAGUUUGAGGUGUUCGGAUCACAAAGAACAUUCGUGAGACGCAGAAAAAAUGAAAAGAUACCGGAGGAGUGCUUGACGCCAUCUGUCAAUCAUGGUGGAGGCAAUGUGAUGGUCUGGGGGUGCUUUGGUGGUGGGAAAGUGGGGGAUUUGUACAGGGUAAAAGGGAUCUUGAAGAAGGAAGGCUAUCAAUCCAUUUUGCAACACCAUGCCAUACCCUGUGGACAGAGCUUAAUUGGAGCUAAUUUCCUCCUACAACAAGACAAUGACCCAAAGCAUAGCUCCAAACUAUGCAAGAACUAUUUAGGGAAGAAUCAGUCAGCUGGUAUUCUGUCUAUAAUGGAUUGGCCAGAACAUUCAUCGGAUUUCAAUCCUAUGGAGCUGUUGUGGGAGCAGCUUGACCGUAUGGUACGUAAGAAGUGCCCAUCAAGCCAAUCCAACUUGUGGGAGGUGCUUCAGGAAGCAUGGAGUGAAAUCUCUUCAGAUUACCUCAACAAAUUGACAACUAGAAUGACAAAGGUCUGCAAGGCUGUAAUUGCUGCAAAUGGAGGAUUUUGGACGAAAGCAAAGUUUGAAGGACACAAUUAUUAUUUCAUUUAAAAAUCAUUAUUCAUAACCUUGUCAACGUCUUCACUAGGAUUGCACAGUUUGGGGAAUAUUCAGAUAUGGAAACUUUACGUGGGAAUUAAUGGAAAUGUAUGCAAAUUAAUAUUAAUACUGUUUAAAUGUCAUGUUUUUUGCAUUGGAUAUAUUUACUAUAUCAUAUGGAGAUAAACAUAAACCUUUUAUCAUAAGUAGACAUGAUUGCAAAUGAUUAAAUCCUUCCAAUAUAUAUAUAUAUUUUUAUUGCAAUAAAUAAUAAUAAUAAUAAUUUGUUAUGAAUUGAACUUUAAUUAAAUGAGUUGACUCUUCACAUGGGAUGUUUUCACUUAACCACAAUAUAAAGGUAAUAUUGGAAUGAUCCAUCUCAUCUCCCAAAAAAUGUUUUCAACACAUUUGUAAAAUGACAGUCUAGAAACUAAAGCUUUGGUUGUCUUCCUCUCAGGCUUCCAUGUCUUCUCCCUGGACUUCCUCAAUGUUCACCUCUUGAACAUCAGACUCUGACGCCUCAUCUUCACUGUCACUUUCCAACCUUGUUGAGGAUGGCUCGUUGUCCGGCUCAAAAAGCCAAAAAUUCGCCAAGAUGGCCACCAAUUUUUCAACCCUUGUUUUGGUCAGCCUGUUGCGUGCUUUGGUGUGUGUGUGUGUUCCCAAAGAAGGACCAGUUGCUCUCUGAGACGGCAGAUGUUGGUUGGAUUUGGAGGAUGAUGGAGUCAACAGGGGAAAGAGCCUCAGAUCCACAAAGUCCCUUCCACCAGGUGGCUGAUGAGAUGUGUUGGCACGACUGCCAUAUUGCAUCUCCAUCCCAAAGCCCUUGCUUGGAAGUGUAUUUUGCCAGACUGCAAAGAUCCUUGCCUUCAUACAUGUGAAGGUGACGAGACAGUAGUGAUGACACCAUAGGCCUUGUUGAUAUCUGCAUCAGACAGGAUGCUCUUGCCAGCAUACAUGGGGUCCCACAUGUAUGCUGCGGCGUGUAUGGGCUUCAGGCAGAAGUCUACACGCUUUUUUAUGUAUUUCAGAACUGCAGUUUCCUCUGCUUGGCGCAACAGUGAAGUGGGCAGGGCAGUACAGAUUUAUUCUCUUACAUCUGCAAGCAGCAUACAUGAGUCUAAACAUCAGACAGGAUGGCAUUCAGGAGUUUCGGGCUGCUUACCAUUCUCUCCCAAAAUAAAUCAUCCAGGAGGAUCUUAUUGAUGGGGCUGUCCAUAUCAGCAGACUGUGAUAUAGUAAUUUCUUGGAGAGACUCCUUCCCCUGCAGGAGACCACCCCAACGGGUGUUGCUGGGCAGCUUCAAUGUGGUGCUCUUAUUCUUCUCACUUUGCUUGGUGAGGUAGAUUACUGCUAUAACUUGAUGACCCUUCACAUACCUAACCAUUUGCUUAGCUGGGUGUGAAGUGAGGGUAGGAUUUCUCCACUUUAGACCAAGCAGCCUUCGUGUUUGCAGCAUUGUCUGUCACCAGUGCAAAUACCUUCUGUUGUCCAAGGUCAUGGAUGACUGCCUUCAGCUCAUCUGCAAUGUAGAGACCGGUGUGUCUGUUGUCCCUCGUGUCUGUGCUCUUGUAGAAUACUGGUUGAGGGGUAGAGAUGUAGUUAAUUAUUCCUUGCCCACGAACAUUCAACAACCUAUCAGAGAUGAUUGCAAUACGGUCUCUCUGAUUUGCUUGACCUUCCCUUGAACUCUGUUGAACUCUGCAACCAACAAAUGAGUAGAUAAAGCAUGUCUGGUUGGAGGGAUGUAUGCUGGGUGAAGAACAUUCAGAAAUCUCUUCCAAUACUCAUUGCCUAUGAGCAUCAGAGGUGAACCAGUUGCAUACACCGCUAGAGCAAGACAUUCAUCAGCAUUUCUCUGACUACGUUCCUCCAUUUGAGUCAAAAACUUCUGAUUCCAGAAGGACCAUGAGUUGUUGCUAUCGAUAAGGUGUCUGAUUCAUCCUUUUCACUUCCAACAGAAGUAGAGGGACUUUUGUCAGAGGUUGCUUGUUGUGAGUGUUGAGGGAACUUUAUGCACUUGGCCAGAUGAUUCUGCAUCUUUGUUGCAUUCUUAACACAUGAUUUGGCACAGUAUUUGCAGUAUUUACAAAUGUACACAGCUUUUCCUUCUACAUUAGCUGCAGUGAAAUGUUUCCACACCGGAUAGUGCCCGUGGCAUUUUCCUGUAAAGAUAAGAAAAAAAAUGAGCGAAAAAAAAAAAAAACACCAAAUACAAUUCCAUGUACAGAUAAAUAGUUAAGCAGUUAGAUUAAACCAUUCCUUUGUAAGAUAAAUGUUUUUAAAUGAAACAUGUAUGGAAACAGGUGAAUUAACACUCCUCAGUUAGCAGGCUCAAGCAAGCUAAAACUAGCUAGCAGAAAUUGUUAACAGGUUAGAUAUAAUUGAUACACACUUUGCUGUAGGCAACUAUUUACUAGUUAACAAAAAAAUCAUGUCUGUCAUAUAAAAUAUAUUCACCCCACCUGCUAUUGUAAUCUAAACAUACCAGAAAGCAUGUUGUCCUUGGCUCAGACAAUGUAUUAGUGUAGCAUCUCAUUAGUGUUCAAGAUCUUGAGAAUCAGCUGUACAUGUGAUGGAAGAAUGCACUGUGCAUGCAGUGUUGCAAUUCCAUUGAACUAGGGAUAGUUGAACCAAAAUAUGCCACAAGACCUAGAACUGCCUUACACGCAUAUAUAUAUAUAUAAAUGUGUGUAUCCCACAAAAAAGGUUCACUGUUAUAAAGCUAACUUUUAUUUUUUAUUUUCUUAAUGAAUUUAAGCAAAAUUCCCCCAAAUUCCAGGGCUAAACUUCCCAUGGAAAUUGACUGAAAAGUUUCCGACCCUUUGCAACCCUUGUCUUGACUAUAUUUCCUAUUAGUUUUGCAACUCAUUUCAUGUAUGUUUUCAUGGGAAAACGAGAACAUUUUUAAGUGACCCCCAAAACCUUUUGAACGGUAGUAUACAUACAUUCCCAAUAUACCUGCCACCCAGCCCCCAGCAGUCUUCACCCAGGAAAAAGAGCACACCGGACAGGCCGCAAUGUCUUCUGGUAAAGCAGACCGCUAUCUCACCCAGCCACGAGACUCCAAUACCCUCAUCCAGACAUGCAGCUCCAACAUCCAGAAGAUCACACAGAACACUGCCAAGAUAAAGAGCAUGGUGAAUCAGCUGGGGACGGGACAAGACACCAGCGAACUGAGGGACAGUCUGCAGCAGAUACAGCACUUUACAAACCAGCUGGCCAAGGAGACCAACAAGCACCUGAAAGACGUUGGCUUCGUCUCACCAUCUUCAGCACCUUCAGAACAGAGGCAACAGAAGAUCCAGAAGGACCGGCUGAUGAAUGAAUUCUCCGCUGCCCUCGACCACUUUCAGGCCGUACAGCGCCAGGCAGCACAGAAGGAGAAGGAGUCUGUGGCCAGAGCCCGAGCUGGUUCCCGUCUCUCAGCUGAAGAUGGCGUCUCUGAGGAACAGCUUGUGUCUUUUGAUAACCAAGAUGAUUGGGCUCAGACAAUCACACAGACAACAGAGGAGGACUUGGCACUUAUCAAGGAGAGAGAGACUAACAUCAGACAGCUAGAGUCGGACAUCUUGGAUGUGAACCAGAUCUUCAAGGACCUGGCAGUGAUGAUCCAUGAUCAGGGAGAGAUGAUUGACAGCAUAGAGGCCAACGUGGAGAGUGCCGAGGUCCACGUAGACCGAGGGACAGAACAGCUUCAGAGAGCCGCCUACUUCCAGCAAAAGUCCCGUAAGAAGAUGUGCAUCUUGGCCGUGGUCCUGUCCAUAGUACUGACCAUACUAGGCAUCAUCAUCUGGCAAGCCACCAAAUGAGAAGAGACUACACCCAACCUUCUUCUUUCACUUCUAUAUUUGUAUUAACCCCCAACCUGAAACACUAGCCCCUGGAGCGGUUUGAGAAAGUGAUUCCCGGCUAGCGGCAGGGGUCAGAGGUCAGGGGAGUGGCAUUAGGGGCAAAGGGAUGGGUCUGGGAUGUAACCUUACCUGUUACCUGACCCCCCCCCCCCUCCUGAGCUCAAGGCCUCCAGCUAACCUCCUCUCUGAGACAAAGCAGUAGUAUGUCUAUUCAAAUGAAGGAGAGUAUUGGAGAGCGUGGAUUAAUAAAAAGAGACUCUUAUCUGUUUGUGAUAUUACUGCACUAACACGAACAUUCAUUGUAUUUACAAAAGCAGAAUAAUUGUUAUUAUUGUAGGGGUGUCAAUCAUUUUUGUAACCUGUACAUUUCUGACACCUUUUUGUGUGUAAGCAGUUUAGUGUCCCACUCCGUUCAAGUUAUAGGAGAGGUUUCCCCCAACACACAUUAAACCUCGACUAAAAUACAUUUUCCGAUGGAGAUUCUCCAUUGAGCUUGUUUUGUUGUCCAGGACUAGCCUUAAUCUGUGUUGAGGAAACCACCUCGUAGUCUUUAUAUUGCUUAGGUGAGAUGAAGUUCUGAUAGCAACUUUGUUUUAUCGAACUGUAUACAUGAUAAUAACAAACUAUGGUUGUAAUAAACACAUUUAAUAACACCGUUGCAUGAGCCAA